UGAUUAGCCCUAACGCUUUGAUAUCGCAUAAUAUCGAUAAAGAUAUUUAUUAUCUGAUAAACUAUUACAUACUAUUUAUUGUGUUAUUUGAAAUUUGUAAGUCAGUCGUUUGCUAUAAUUAAAAUGACGAAGGCACGUAAAUACGUUGUUAACAAAUUCUUUGAGGGCGUACCGAAGCGGGAGGAUUUCGACAUUGUAGAGUACGAUCUUCCACCAGUGGGAAACGGUGACAUAUUAGUGAAAACGGAAUGGAUCAGCGUAGACCCUUACCAGCGAGCCUACAAUUCACAUCAAAAGCUGCCUUACGACACGUUCGGUUUCCAAGUUGGCGUCGUGGAGGAUUCAAAAAAUCCAAAGUUUCCCGUUGGCACCAGGGUAGUAUCGCACAAAGGCUGGUGUGACUAUUACGUGUUUAAUAACACCAAUAAUUCCGGCGACGGAUUUCUUAAUACAUUUGAUCGAGUUUACAAGCUACCCAACUUAAAAGGUUUGUCACAUUCUCUGGGAAUUGGAGCCGUGGGUAUGCCGGGUGCCACAGCCUACUUCGGAUUCUUGGAUAUUUGCAAACCGAAGCCAGGCGAGACAGUAGUUGUGACGGGAGCGGCAGGCGCUGUUGGUUCUCUCGUCGGUCAGAUAGCAAAGAUUAAGGGGUGCACAGUUAUCGGUUUUGCCGGUUCGGAUGACAAAGUUAAAUGGCUGGAAGAGGAACUCGGCUUCGAUAAAGCGUUAAAUUACAAGACGGUCGACGUAUCUUUAGCGCUUAAAGAAUCCGCACCAAAUGGCAUCGACUGUUAUUACGAUAAUGUCGGUGGCGAAAUAAGCAGCCAAAUAAUGAGCCAGAUGAACGAUUUUGGCAGAGUUGCUAUAUGCGGCAGUAUCAGCUCUUACAAUGAAAACUUGAACAACUCGCCAAAAGCUAGUAUCAUUCAACCAUCUGUGGUGUUUAAGCAACUGAAAAUAGAAGGGUUUAUUGUUUCGCGGUGGUUGGAGCAUUGGUCGGAAGCAUUCUCCAACCUAACCGAAUGGAUCCUCAGUGGAAAAUUGAAAGUAAGAGAACAUACUACAGAAGGUUUUGACAAUAUCUACGACGCAUUUGUUGGUAUGUUAGCCGGUGAGAAUUAUGGUAAAGCUGUUGUCAAAGUAUAAGUAAUAUACAUAUAUACCUACUCGUAUGUAUAAUAAACUAUUAAUUUGAA